AUGGAAAGAAAUCAUGGGCAAGCGAUUCCUCUUAUUUUAUUUCAAGAACGCGAAGGUUUCAGAUUAACUUCAGAAGGUCUUAAUUUUUUAAACUCAAUAAAAACAAAAGUCUCUGUAGUAGCAGUUGCAGGAAAAUACAGAACAGGGAAAAGUUAUAUGCUGAAUAAAAUAAUUCUAGAUGUAGAAGGGCCUGGAUUUGGGGUUGGACCUACUAUAAACCCUUGCACCAAGGGUUUAUGAAUCUGAAGUGAGCCUAUUCCAGUAAAAGCAGUCGACGGCCAAGACGUUUCUUUAUUAGUUAUAGACAGUGAAGGCUUAGGCGCUUUCGAUGAAGAUGCAAAUCAUGAUACCAGGAUUUUUAUGCUAUCAGUCUUACUUAGCUCUUAUUUUAUUUAUAAUUCAGUUGGGAGUAUUGAUGAAAAUGCAUUGACAAAUCUCAGUCUUAUAGUAAACUUAACAAAAUCUUUACAGAUCAGGGCAAGUGACUCAGGACUGGACGUUGACGAAGUCUCAGCGUAUUUUCCUUCUUUUUUGUGGGUUUUGAGAGAUUUUGCAUUGCAGCUGAUAGACCCUGCAGGAAAUCCUAUAACAAGCAAAGAAUAUUUGGAAAAUUCUUUACAGCUGCAAAAAGGAGUAAGUGAUGCUAUUGAAGCGAAAAAUAGGGUAAGGAAGCUGCUGAAGCAUUUUUUCAGGGACAGGGACUGUUUUACACUUGUGAGGCCUUCAGAAGACGAGAGGGUUCUUCAAGAGCUUGAUAAAGUCCCAGAUUCUGCAUUACGGCCUGAAUUUGUAAGGGAAAAACAAAAUUUGAAAAAAUUAAUUUACAGACGAGUCAAAGUAAAAAGCUUCAAUAGUAAAGAUCUGACAGGAGAAUUACUUGCUGGGCUAGCACAAUCAUAUGUGGACGCUAUAAAUCGAGGUGCAGUCCCUACAAUUGAAGGCGCUUGGCAGGCUGUAUGCAACUCAGAGUGCCAAAAACAGGUAGAAAAUGCAAUCCAAGAGUAUGAAGAUAUGUUUAAAGAAGAAAUCCUGACUGAAGAAAUAAAAAAUCCAAGCCAAUUGAAAGCUCUCCACAAACAAUGCAAAACCCGCGCUAUGAAAAUGCUUAAAGAAAAAGCUAUAGGUGACGACACAUCUGCUUUUGAAGCUGCCCUUAAAAAAAAAUUGCUGGAAAAAUUCAAUUAUUAUAACAGUCAAAAUGAGCGAAAAUUAGCUGACAAAUGUGAAAAUAUUUGUAAUGAUUUAUACCUAUUUAAAAUAAAUAAAAUAUUUCUGAUGGCAGUUUUAGCUUAUUUUUUAAUAUAAUAAAUAAAAUAAUGGGAGCCUGCAGCGAAAUUUCUAUAUAAAAUGAGAUAACAAUAGAAAUGCAAGAUAAACUAAAAAGAAAUGAAUAUACAGAUUUUCAAGUAUUUAAAAGGGAUUUUGAAAAAAAGCUGAGCGAGAUCAAAAAAUCAGGCCCACAAGGUGUAGCAGCUGAGCUUAAAAUGAAAGAAAUUUCUGCCCAUUUAUUGACUGAAGCUGCUGACUCCCCCCCCUCCGUGAGUGAAAAAAAAAAUUUUGUUCACUCACGGAGGGGGGUUAAUUUUUUUUUUUUAAAAAAUUUUAUAUAUAAAUUUUAUAAAAAAAUAUUUUUUUUCGAAAUUUAAAAAAAUCCUAAUUCGCAAAAAUUGGAAAGCAAAUAUUAAUUUAAUUUAUAAAAUUUAUGUUUUUUAAAAAGCAAUUCGUUUAAAAUUAAACAGAAUUAGCUCUAGAUUUCAUUAUAAUAAUUAUCAUUUAUAUAUCAAAUUUUUUUUUCCAUAAAAAAUUUUUGUUCACUCAUGGAGGGUGGGUUUUUGGGCAAAAAAUAGCGAUUUUUCUAAUGGUUUUGUUCACUCACGGAGGGGGGGAGUGAGUAUAUAAACAGAAACGCCAUGAUUGAGCAUGAAAAUGCUAAUAGAAAAAUCAGCAGCCAAUUAGAAUUUUUUAAAACUGCUUUUGACGCUAAAAAAGAAGAAUUUGGGAAAGAAAAAGAGUAUUAUAAGACCAGACUGCAAGAGGUAGAAUCAGAAAAUUAUAAAUUAAAAGCUUCUCAGACAGCUUUAGAGCUUAAAGUGGAGCAGCUUAAAGAGGAUAAAGAAAGGAUGGAAAAUAAAUAUGAAAAAAGGCUGGGAGAGCUAAAAAGUGACCAUAAAGAACAAAGCGGGGAAUGGAAAGCAAAAUAUGAAGAAACACUAAAACUUUAUAAUGAGCUGCAGAUUAAGUAUAAUACUGAUAUUAAUCAGCUAGAAAAAGAGCUGGCGUUAGCAAAGCAAGAACUAGCCUGAAAAAGCAGAGAAAAUGCAGAUUUAAAAGAAAAAAGGGAAGAUUUUGAUAUGGCUUUCAGAGAAAUGAAAGCUAAUUUGCGAAACGCUAUAGAACAGAAUGAAUUAAAAGACAAAGAGCUGCAGAAAUUGAAAGAAAAUCCAGUAAAAGUCCAAGAAAUUUCCUUACCAAAUGAGUGAAAUGAUGAAAAAAACGUUAUGAAAUUACAGAUAGAAAACUUACAAAAACAAAUAGAAGAUAAUAAAAGAUUCCAAGAAAAUUUAAUCAUGGCUAUGCAAUCAAAAUCUCCACAAGUUACUCAGCCUACUGAAGAAAACGACGAGAGAUACCAAAGACUUGAGGAGCAGAUCGAGCAAUUAAAAAAUAUUUUUUAUAUAUGAUGAUUAUUCUUUAAAAAAUAAAAAAUCUAGAUAUGAUAUUAUUUUUAUAAAAAAGGAUAUGCAAAAUAUCGUCAACAGUUCUUCUGCACUGCAAUGCAGAUACUGUGAAGAAACUAUCAGCAGCAAGCUAUUUAAUGCCCACAUAACAGUUUGUGCUAAAAAUUAUGAAGAAGGAAUUUUAAAAGAGCAAGGCCUCUAUAGCAUUGUGGUCAGCCAAUCUAUGGUAAAAGACCCUGUAGACCAAAAACCAUUUACAGAAUACGUUAUAACUAUAACAUAUAAAGGCCAAACCUGGACUAUUACCAAACGAUAUAAAGCGCUUUGCAAUUUGCAUUCUUCUUUACAAAGGGAAUUUCCAGAUGUCCAGCUGCCUAAUACUGAUAAUUUGUUUUUAAAUAAUAACUCAAGCUCGUUGUUUAAUACAAAAAGACCAGUAGUUCUUAAUGAAAGGAGAAGGGCGUGCCAGCAAUAUUUAAUGGAUUUGGCUGCAAUUCCUAUUAUAAGAAAUUCACAAAUUUUUAAAGAUUUCUUAUCAGUGACUCAGAAUUUUGGAGAUGAGUCACCUGUGAAGAGCCAGAGAGGAAAUGUGCUUAAUUCAUUGAGAAAGUCAGCAGAUUUGAUGGGGUUUAGGGAUUUCGGCUCGCCAGAAGAUAGAUAUCGGUAA